AAAAAGAUACUGAACUGCAGACAUCAAAUGUGGCACAGAUGGCGUGCCCGUUGCCCCGAGAAGCUGCCUUGGACUUGCUGCAUGAGGACUCUGGAUCGCCGCCGGCCACAAGUCCAUCCCUUGGGAGCAGGCCAAAAGAGCCUUCCCAGGCCCAGGUGAAGUUGUUGGAGGAGGACCCACUGCAGAGCCUCAUGGCCUGGAUGACUGUGGCAGACUUGAGUCAGGAAGAGCUGCAAGAAGAUGAAGGUCAGGUGGAGGAGGAUCUGCCUCCUUUGCCAACCAGAGAGCGAAAGAAGAGCAGCUACUGCAACUUCGAUUCUCCAAAGGUCGACCCGGACGAGGAGUGGAACCUUCGGCUCGCUCGCACGGGCGCUGCGGGGCGCCUGGUGGCCUACGAGCACGGUGAAAGGCCCUCACAUGAGCUCCAUUUGAGAGGCGAACCAGGUCAGCGGAUCGUGGUCAGCUUCGUGCGCAAGAAGAGCCGAGCUGAGAAGGCUGGUGUCAAGACGGGUGACGUUUUGGUGUCCAUCGACGGGCAAAAGG